AUAAAUUGUCUACUUAAACAACUUGUAUUUUGAUAAAUUGUAUUAUGUAUUUUGUAUUGCACUAUUCAUUUUGUACUUACGUGACAUUUUUUAUUUACUCUUUUUUACUUUAUGACAACAGAUGACUAUCAAAGGUGGCGGUGAUAAAGGAAAGGCCCAUCCUACUAGGGGUAAACCAAAAAUGCUGCGACCGGGUAAACUUAAUGAGCAGCGGGAUGUCAUACGUCGCAACUUGUCUACCACUAGGCCAUUUCAUUGUUCGUCUCCAGCCCCGUCUCAGCCUCCAACAUCAACUAAGAUUGUAGCACCUGUUGAUACUAUAACACCACCAUCCCACCCGAUACCAUCUCCCAUCCAUGCCUCAACCCCUGAGGUAUUUGUCUUUAUGCUGACUCCAGGUUUAAGUAUUCAUACCAUGGGUGCCUCUUCACAACAUUCCCCACAUGAGGCUUUGGUAGAGAAGAAUGUGGAACAAACUUCUGAUGAUCAUGAGGAUAAGGUGGAAAUUGGGGACCACAACCAAGAUGAUAAGGAGGUGGGUCAAGGGAACGUUCCUCCUAUCGUGCCUGUGAGAGAUGAUAAUGGAAAAGUCAUUAUACGACCUUAUGGUAAAGGUUGCAGAUGCCAUUAGGUAUGCCAUACAAAAACAAUUUCGUGAGCCUAUCUAUGGUUGGAGUGCAACCACUGACAUAAUUAGACAAGAUUGAUUUGAAAAGUUUGCGGUAAGCCUUUGAAUAUAAUUAUAUGUUCAAUUCAUUUUUCUAGCAUAUAUAGGGAGAAUUGUGUAAUCUGUUUUGUUGAUAGUAGUUAGUACAUAUAUACUUUUUGUUAUUCCCAAGAGAAGGUAUCGUGGGAUCCUUUGUUGAGACAAACUCCAUAUUUAAAGUUUUGAUGAAAAUAAACAAAUGUUAAUUAAGAAAGUUAA